UAUUUGGACUCUCGACUUGUCUACAUGCACGUGGUGGGAAAUACCAGGACUCCUUCCCCGGGGCUCCUGUGUUCAUGGGAUGUCGUCCGUUGGUUCUAUUGUAUACUUCAUGGGCCAAGGGCUUGACCCAGACACUUCCAGUCCAGUGGUGCACUGUAAUAUGGCGAACUUCGAGCCUUGGAUCGAGUCGUCUCAACCCCCAAAAGGGAUCGAAUCAAUGUUUUUCCCUCCAUCUAUUUCCCUCCCUGGCUCUGAGCCCCCCAGCCCGAAUCACGAAACCAAAGAACAUCCACUCAUGUCUCUUGCCUCGUCGACCGAAAUCUCCGUAUCAUCCUCUCUCCUGCCUUCAUAUGACUCCUUGCCGCCACCUAUGAAUCCCCAUACUGCUUCGUUCCUAUUCUUUACUCCGUAUCGAAGAAUGCAUACCGCUACAGAUGAUUCACAGUUUGAGAAGAUAAAGAUCGACCUAUCUACGGAAUGGAUGACGUGCGCCAUGAUUGUGAUGUGCCUCAUUGGGGUUGAUUCUGCAAUUUUGGGCCUGAGUAAAGAGGGGACCAUCAUGCCCAUGGAUACUUCUGGAGAACGCGCAAUCGCCGUGUCGAUGAUGUCGUCGGCGAUAGGGCUUGCGGUUAGCGCGUGGAUGUAUUGCAUCUAUUACCCACAAGAGGGUGAUUUAUUCAGGCUUCGAGCGUUGGAUGCGCUCAACACAUAUGCCAUCUUCUCUAUCCGUGCCCGCAUACCCAUACUUUGCGUUGGAGUUGCAACAUCAGCAUUUUUGAUUUUCGUAGUCCACACUCUGUCUGCUAUGUUCCCAGAAGUGGUGGCUCCACUUCUCGCCCUCCUGGGGAUUCUCAUCGGGCUAAAUUGGUUCAUCUAUUUCUACCAUCUUGUCCGAUUCGCAUUCUCCUACGUCAGCAAGGCGGUGUUGUACGUUUUUCGGCGUGGUUCGACCCCUCCGCCCGCCGAGACAACAGAUGGGAACUCAAAACAGUCCAGCGAGGCUACCGCUGCUUCAUGAUGAACAUCUAUUCGCCGAUCGUGUAAUUUUAUAAUCCUAAUAAUCUGGACUUAUAUCUACACCCACAUUUCUACGUGCGCGGCUGCAUCAGUCACAAAGACAAUCCACACUGCAUUUCUGUCGCGCCUUGCUACGGUCCUUUGUCUACACAAUGGACCUAGGAUGCAGAUAAUGGUCCCGA